AUGCUUUUGCGCGCCAUACCGUUGACCAUUGCUUUUGGGUUUUGCUGGUUGGCCGUAAUGCCGCUCUCUGACCUGUGGGCAUCAGAGCCAGAGCCAAAGAAUUCCCCAAACCAUGACAGCGAUGACGGCGAUGACGCUUCAGUGCAGAAGCUCCGUCGUUUCUGCAAGACAGCCAAGGCUCGUGCAGCAAGCUUACUUUCCAGACAAGCGAGAAAAAUUGAGAGAGCAGCAAUGGCAAAUGCCAACAGUCAAGUAGAGGCAGAAGCCAGCGCCACACAAGUUUUCCAACAGAAGUUCUUGGCUUCCGAUGCCACACAGUGGGACCCGCUUGAAGACAUGGGUCCUGCGUCCUCCUUGUUGCAAUGUGAUGAAUCCAAUGGAAGACGGAGGGCUGUCUUUUAUUACUUGAAAGCUGUUGCCCAACGAGUAAAGCAAGUGUUUCACUGGGAGUCAUCCUCAGCAAGUGCCAGGCCGCAUUGCAUCAGUAUUCACACUGCUGAUGAUGCCAAUAUGAAAUUCGGUAGCGGCGCACGUGGCUCUACUGAAAUUCAAACUGUCAUGGCCAACAUCCAGGAGCACGUUGUAACCUGCUCAGCUUCAGAGAGUGAGUGUGACCUGACCUGGUUCAACUUGCACCAGCCCAUUGUGCCUUUGGACCGCGCAGACACAGUUGGUCUCUACCGAGCAUUCAUGGGCUGGAUCCUUGGUUUCUCAAACUAUGUCGGCUGGAGGUGGCAGUGUUGGGGCAUUCCGCCUGACUUGUUUCGGAAUGUUGCACGGCGCACAGUGGUCUUUGUAGGGGACGCGCUUAAGGCGAACAGUGCACUCUUCAAGAUUCUUUCUCAGUGCAUUCAUGAGCAGGAGAAGGGGCCAGAUGCAAGCACACAAUCCUGCUGUCUGCAAAUACUGUGUAAUAUUCACCAGGUUUCAUUGACACGCAAGAACGUGGCUCUUGGGUUUCAAGGCUACUUCAGCUGCCUGGUGCGUCUCGGGCACUUGUUCGAGGGGCACAAUUUCCGGCAAAAGUUUCAUGCAGCAAUGUCCAAGCUGGUUCAGUCCAACUUUGAAUUUAUCAUCGUUGGUAAUCUUCCAAAUGAUGUCCAGCGCUGGCAUGACAUGAAGGUUCAACAGCUACGUUUGCACACAGACACCGGCUUCAUGGGAUACUGUGGCAGGAACCCGACAACAAUGUCAAGGACGUUGCAAGCCAUGCCCAGCGUCAAGUGUGAAUCUGACAAGGUCUUGGAGGCGAUAAACAAGUGGACACAGGCUGCCCAGCAUCCAAGCGGAGGCGAUGCGCAAGAGUUGGGCCGUCUUGUUGAAGAAAUGCUCCAGCAAGAUUCAUCAUAUGCCGAGCAGAAUGCAAAGAGGUUCCGCCUCGUCACUGAAACCUUUCAAUCACCAAACUUCCCAGUGAUUGUCAAUUGUGUCGACUUCUUGAUGCUGCCUUUGGACACAGCAGUGAACCAGCUUCUGAAGCGGACAACGGUAUUGAAAAGAAUGCGUUUCAAUGAUUUGCCAGAAAAUUCCACCAUGCAAGAACUCAAGGAAGAGUCCAAAGUAUUUUUCCUGCAGUGGGCUGAUGGAACUUUUGGGGACAACAUCAUUGCCGACUUCAUCAAGCAUGUGAAGACCUGCCAGCUACAACAAAUUUGUGGGAGUUGCUCGGAUCCCUCAGUGAUUCAGACUUGUUUUGAACUCAUUGUAUUCGGAAUGGCUGACACGUGGCUUCGAUGUUGCCAUCCAGCUCGAUGUUUCCCCAACCAGAUGUUCUCAUUGACCACCUGCGAUCCUCAAACGUUUGUCCAAAAAUUGACGGGCUUCCAGAGAAUCAUGCGCCAGUGCCCUGAGUGUGUCGAUGUUGCUUUCAGCACUCCUCUUUUGCAAUCCUUGGACAUUGCGGGAGCAUUUGAUCAAGAAGUUCAGGCCUACAUUCAGGAGCUGCAACGACAUUUGACCGACAUCGCGACCUUCACACCUUUGGCUACCACUUUAGUGGAAAACUUUCAUGGGAAGAAUCAGAAUGCUUUGUUCAAGUUUCGGGGCAAAUCAAAAGCUCCUGCUGCGGCCGCUGAAUGUUCUGUUUUGGCAUCAUUGGUUAGUGAGCAUGCCUACCUGAAGACAUUGGUCAUGCAAUCAACCAUGCCAAGCAGAUGGGGGAUAGCAUCGAUGCAGAAGCGCUUGGGCCGAAGGAAAGGUAUUCAGCCCAAGUGUAAUCGCAAAGCUCGUGUGAUUCAAUCAGCUGGCAAGUCCCGCAGACGAAUGUCUGCUUGGAAUGCCUUUCAGCAGGAACAAAUGCGAACCCGUGGUGUACUGACCGCUGUUGAAUACAAGCAGGUGAUGAAAGAUCUGGGGGCAGAAUGGAGGAGACUGAGCGGCGAGAGAAAAAAGCAAUAUGCACUGGAUGCUGCAUACCAACAAUCUUGCCGAGAUGAGUUGGAGACUCGCCCGCUUAAGCAACCUGGAAAAGCCCCAUGCCACGAGCUUGCCACCCCUGAGCAACCUGAAGAUCUCCCAGCCGAAGAGCAGUCCACUUCUGCUUUGGAGAAGAUUGCUGGAAGCAAACAUUUGAGCCGGAUUUCAUCGAAGCGGCUGUAUGUCAACAGCGCUAACAAAGCUGGCCACCCUUCUUGGUCGACCUUUGGCUUGAGCAUACAGGAUGCGAACGGGGCUGUGAGGAGCGAUCUGGUUGAUUUGCAAACAUCCCAGGCCGCAGUUGACUUUGCUGUGGCUUUCUCUUUGCACCGCAGGCCUGAUGAGGAUAUUAUUGAGCAGAUUCCCAUGCCCGAUGUGAAUGUUCACACUCAAACAUGCUUUGGUUUGUAUGGCGGCGGCCUUUGCAAGAAAAAUGAGCACCACACUCUAGUGAAAUGCUUUGCCCGAAGCUUUGCACAGUUGACCACUUCUCAAAAACUGCCCUCUGGCACGCUGGUGAGAUGCAGGCCCGUGUGUGAGGUAGCAGGGUCAGGGUCAUCAACUGACCAAGUGACGGAGGCUUAUUAUUUUCUUGGCGUUCUUUGUCAGAAGCCUUUGAUUCAAGUCUUUGCCAAAGCUUGGCCGUGCACAUCUGGCAUGCAGAGUCAAAGUGGUUCAUCAUUUGCUUUGGUCAACAGAGGCUCUGGCGAGCAAAGGCCAACUUUCAUCACUUCGCAUGAAGCUUUUCAUCAGUUGGUCGAAGCCCACAGUGGUCGUUUGCGUGGUAUUGCCGUCUCAGUCUUCACCACCCGGUUUGAGUUUGACCUUUGGGGUGUGCACUUUUUACAAGUUGCCAUCAUCGGCAAAGCCGUUGAGCAUUUGUUGAAGACUGGGGUGUCUCCUCCCAAUCAAAAGGUGCAGGUCAAGUUGCCUUUUGGUGUCAAGAUGGAGGCAAAGAAAAGAAGACCAUACAAAAAAAGGAAAUGUGAGCCUAAACACAAGCCCGAGCCAAGCAAACCCAAAGACACUCAUUUGCAUGUUACAGCUGCGCCGGCACUGUCAGAUCCUGAAUCAUGUGAGUCAAGUUCCGACUCCCCGAUUGACCUGGACGGCGAUGAUGAUGAGAUUGAGAUUGAGGAAGGCAAUGCUUCUGCUGGACCUUCUGAGGGGGAGAGUGAUGGCUCAGAGGAGCUGGUCAGGGAUCAUGACCCGCCCACAGUCACAGCCAAAGAGGAGGAGGCAGCUGCCCAGAGUGCUUUUCAGGACUACUGUGAAGAAGCUGAUGACAGAGCACGGCUGGCAGAUGUUGCUCGUGCCCAGCCUGAAGUCCGCAAGGGCCACUUCAGAUCCCACUUCAGCAAAUCUGUUGGCUUCACAUCUGAGGCAUCCCUUGCACCCACAGGAAGAAGUCGUUGCUAUCACUGCAAUCAAGCCAUCCUCAAAGGCAGCCUGCGCUUUACAUAUUUCUGGAGCACCUCACGGCCUGAGAGGUACUUGCAUAGCACCUGUAUUGCUUCCUUUGUCAAGGCAGACCUUGGAAAUCGACUAGAUCAAGCUGUAGGUGCGAUUGAACAAUUUCCACGUCAGUCAAAUGAUCCGCAGAUCCGAAACGGGGCCACCAUCUUGUUGAAUGAGCUGCUCAAGUUGUAG